GAGACGCACGCGAAACACACCGCGCAGGAUUUGGCGCGCCGCGGUCCGACGUCGGGUGUUGAACAGACGUCGACGAGUUCGGCGUCGUCGAGGAGAGGAGAGCACAGCGCAGUGCGGUGUAUCGCUUGAUAGGGUAAUUUUGUCGCGCGGAAAUCAGUGAAUCGCGGAAAGUGUCGCGAUCCGGUUUUGCGAUAUAAUUGUGCGCGAAGUCGAGAGCUAAGAAAAAUAGUGAGAUGAGGUUUGACCCUACGGCAAGAAGGGGCCCUGUGAUUAAUCCGACGGAAUAAGAGCCACCGACACCGUCGCCGACGGUAGAAUGAACUCUUGAACCGGUUCAUUGGAAUCCAGAAAAGAACGGAAGAGGGACUCGGGACCGAAGACAACAUGUCACGUGUCGAAACUCGCGUCGCGCGGACGGCGAUUAUCGCGGCCACUUUCAUCUGGGCCUACUCAAUGGGCAGCGAAUUUCCAGAGAGAGAAUGCUGCGAUCCAGUUUACCCGAUACCCGAACCAACCAGCAGGGCACCGUCGGCCCCAACACCGACCGGAAGAAGCGGACCGAACAUUAAGACGGCUGUGGCGAUUUUGAACUGCCUUCUGGCGCGGCAGCUGUGCUUCGAGGAUCCAUCCUGCAGCGCCAUUUUGGAAAUCAUACCGAGGGUCUGCGGUCCGGAAUUGGUUGCCUGUUCGACGGUGACUGUCCCGAAGUGUCAAGCGGCUUUGGUGACUCUGCAAGCCUUUCCAUUCUUCAAACCGACAUGCCUGUGUCGAGAGCCGCACGUCGAUCCGGAAUGCAACAGCUUUAGGGACUUCCUGUUCGAUCAUCCGUGCGUUUACGUUCUUAAAAAAGAUCCGCUUCCGGUGGAGCCACUUCCGACAUGCAACCACGCGUUGAGCGUCUGUCAGCGAGGCAAGACCUGCGUCAAGCUCUUCGACGACUUCAAGACGAACUGCAAAGCCAGGGACGGUAAAUGCAGAAUGGAAAGUAGGGAAACCUGCCAUGAUGCAUGGACACAUCUGCGGCUAUCUCCGAUGUUUGGAUGUAUCUGCCCCAACAAUCACAUGAAACGUAGAUGCGACAAGAUCUUCUCGAUAGUAAACCACAACCCGUGCGUCGAGUUUCUGCCCUCCGCGACCAUUGACUUAUCGGGGACCGACUCCGCGCUCUAUCCGUUCGACCCCCACCAGGAGAACUUUCAAGAGUUCUGGUUCCCCCCGACCAGUAUGUACCCAUAUUUUCUCUUCCCCGCCACCGCAACCACGCGAACAUUCAAUGAGAUCGAGGCCCGGUACCGCUACCACGAGGUGCCGCCGCCCAAGGCUCCCGAGGUCCCUAAGCAGCGUCACGGGAACCUAGGCCAUCACGCGCCUGGUACGAUCCUUGACCACUAUCAACACCACAACAACCAUGGUCUCGAUCUCGACCCAGAUCCUGGCCCACGCCCCAAUCCAGAUCCCGAACAUCCUCGACGCCGACCCACCUUGGACGAGCACAAUUCUGACGACCUAACCUCCACUGGGGGACGAACACCAUUCUCUGAGCAUGACUACGCUUCGAGCACCGUCACCAUCUCUGAGCAUCAACAAAAGCACCUUUCCAAAGACCUGCAUGAGCAGAAUCGCAAUCGCAAUGUCUAUCCGCACGAAAACAAUCGGCACAGCCUAGCACCGUCAUCACCGAACUCCCCUUCAGCUGACUCAUCCUCUUCCUCCUCCUCUAAUCAUUCGAAUUCCGAGAUACAAUUCCGUCAUCACAACCCUAACCAGCACCACCACCAUAAUCACCGCAAUAGUCACGCACCAUCACCGGCACCGGCACCGGCACCAGCACCAGCACCAGCACCGGGUCACCAACACCACCAGCACCACCAUCAUCAUCACGAUCACGAUCAGCACUACCAUGGAAAGAAAUUUGCACCCAGACCGACUUAUGAGCAUCGGAGUGUCGUUGACGAGAUGAUCGACCUUGACGACAACGAGCUACGGCUCGGCGGCAGACAGCCCAUUGACCGGCUAUUCGGUCUCAGCGAAGCCUUCGAAGGGUUCGUCGACAAAGUGAAGGUCAUUUCACAUCCCGACAACUCAACGAGCUUUGAGCUAAUUGAGUCUCAGCUGGAGAAUCCCCUUAUCGAUGCUGAUCAUCGCGACCUCCAUGCCCUUAAGCAGAUACCGAUACCAGACGUACCCAGGCGGAAGAUUCAUCACGGAAAAAAUCAUUCGAAGAGCGAGCAAAACUCGAAAGGAGGUAAGCCAGCGGUCGCACUGUUCUCAGGAUCUAAGGCGAAAGGUCAUCGGGUCGUGCAUCGUCCUGCAGCGGCGGUAACCUUGUCUAGCACCUGCCACCAGGCCUACACUUCUUGCAGCAAUGACCCAGACUGUAAGACGGCGUUGCAGCCGGUCCUGAACCACUGCGACCUCGGAAACUGCGCUAGGAACGCCUGCAUGGAUGCUCUUCAACAGUUUUAUCGAACAGCGAGUGAAGCGCACACCAUGGAGAUCGCAUUUUGUUUGUGCAGGAAAACCAACAACAAACGGGACGACUGCAUCAUUGCUCAAGAAAAAAUGCACCCCGCAUGCGCCCAGCGAGUCGAGGGGGUUGAAAUGCCCACUUGUCACAGCCUCGCCGAAGUCUGCAGGGAAGACAAAGCAUGCAGGAAGAGGCUCGAGUACUACGAACAGAGUUGUGCGGUCGACAGUGUGACGAAAAAGUGCGCCGGGGUAACGAAAGAGUGUCGUCGAGCAAUGAUCGGGAUCCUAGGCACGGAGCUGCGUUCAAACUGUGCUUGCAAAGGGACAGACCUAGCACAAGUCUCCGACUGCCUCGGCUGGCAGCGACUGCUCUGGGUUAAUCCGUGCGUGGUUGAGUCGCAGAAGGACUUUCACGCGCGAAGAAAAGCCCAUCGUCAACGUACAACAACGGUUCUAACCCUAACAACGGAAGUGGAGGAAAAUUCGAGUGAUCUGGCUGAGUCGCACUCGGUCGAGCCGAUUUCGAAGGUCACACAGGUUGCCGAUUCCUGGGACUCAACCACCACUGUCUCGACGACGUCGACUACCACCACCACUACAACCACCACUACUACCGUGCCCCCGAGAUUCUGCAUCGUGCAAAGGCCCAGACAGACGCAUCAGUACAUCAGGGAAGGCCGAGGGAAAAGGCUCUACAGAGAGGACGAACCCGAGUGUUCGGAACUUUGCCAGUGCAGCGAGGGCGAGGUGCUUAUCUGCAACACCAUCUGCGUCGAGUCUUCACCCUGUAAAACCGACUUUGCAUUCUACAACCACGCUGCUCCCGCUUACCAGGCGUACCGCGGUCGCUGUCUCUGUUACAGUGGACGCUUCAUCUGCAUGCGGCCAUUCCCAGACGCGUACAGCAUCCCCCACGGCAUCUUCAUGUUUCUCGGGUAUAGCGAAGCUGAUGAAAAUCUGCUCAAGCAACACAGCAAUCUCACAAUUCUCGACGCUGUUUCAUCGCUGGACAGCUUCGUGCGACAAGAAAUUGACAACCAGACUGUCUGCACACUGCUUCUGUACAACGUGACUAAAGAAAAUGUCAUCGCCAUUGCUCAAAUAAAGUCGGACACAACUCUUACGGGUAACACGAGUCACCAGUCUCGAAGUCAGGCCGAGCUUCAAACCCAGGUACAAACAUUGCAGCAGUUGAAGCGGGUAAAGGAUGAGUGCGCAGAAAUGCUUCGCGAUUUGAGCGAAAAGAUCAACAACAAACAUCACGAGGUCUACACGCAUCCGCUUUUGUCAAUAUUCAAAAUGGCGGAAGUCGAAGUCAGGCUUCCACAAACAAACAGAGGCAGUCCGUCGCGAUUCGUGAAAGAUCCGCUUCAGCGGUUACUCUUGACGUUGCUACUCGUCACAACGAGUUACCUCGUGACUAGAAGACCCGGCAUCUGUAUUCCAACUGUAACGCCAUCAGCGUUCGUCAAAACGAUGCGCCAAGGCUCGUGACAGAGCAUAACUCGCGAUAUUGUAGAAUUAUCACCACAACAGAGACUCACGUAGUGAGGAAGGGUGUAUAAUAGCGUUGAGCCAGGUAGGAACAAGAUUCGCUUCAUUCUUCGGUUGUGUACGCUACGGUUUCGUCGUUCUGUAUACACAUCGCGUGCGCAAAUCGCAAACCAUAACAACUGCGGAAUCUUGGCGAGACUGUAGUAUUGUUUGCUUGUUAUUUUCUUUGAAGAAAUUUAUAUAGUAAAUGCAUUUUGGUCGAAUAAAAUUCGACGCUAAUCGGUGAUAGUCGUAAUAAGACUCUGUCUGACAAAGUCUCACCCAUGAUGAACGUAGAGAACGAUGGAAAACAGCAGCGUUACAAGUACACACAUAUAUAUAUAUAAUAUUUAUGUACAUAUUUGUGUGUAUAUAUAUAUUAUAUACUACAUAUAUUAAGUAUGUCUAAAGAAAUAAGUCCUCGCUCAUACUUAAAAUUAUUAUCAUAUACCAAUUAAGAAGUUAUUAUUACAGUUAUGUGGGGUUGAAGAGAUGAUUGAAGCCCGAGCGAAAAGGAAAGCUUGCCUCCUCCAAGACACACCAUAUUGGGUUCCAGUGAAUUAUUCACACCUUGCGCGUUAUUUUAGCACAAAUUUAAUCUGGGUUGAUUUAUUUUUUUACGUUUACCCGUACUUCAAAUGUAUAGUUAUAUAUAUAUAUAUAUAUAUAUAUAUAUAUAUAUAUAUAUAUUGUACAUCGAAUGAAAAAGUCCGCGAGAUUGCCGAAAGAAAGAUAGUCAUGAAAACCCUGUCGGUACAGAGGAGGGAGGUAGAGUGUCAAAAAAAAGAGGGCAAACAAAAACUCCCGCCUCUUUCAAUGCUCUCUUCGACCCCGUUAAGCUCUUUACAAUUAGCUCAAUACACGGUUGAACAAAUUUCGCGAGAUCCUUGCUGCGGUUCAAGAUUUUCAAGCUUUCAACCAUGGGGUCGGACUGACUAUAAAAAUAUGUGACGGAACGGGAAAACAUCGAGUAUUCCAUGCGAAUUUCACUACCUAUUGAAUAUUGGCAGAUCGAAAACAAAAAACAAGAGAGAGACAAACAACUAUACAUAUAUACCAACCAAUCCAUCAAGCACAAAUAGGAAUAGGGCUACUUUAUAUUUUAGGUUAGACUAAGCUCAAAAUCGUCACUAAAGCUUCUCAAUUAUCAUUUUUAACGUUGUUUCAAACUUUUACAAAUUGUUUUAAAGAGCCUCGUGACGCUGGCGCUGGCGCCAUUUAGAGGUGACAAGAGAUUAGAAAUUUAGCGUGCGAUUGUAAGAUAUCGUACUGAAAAUAUGGUAAAACAUUGAUGACUAAUUCUCUACUUUCGAGUACGGUUGUCGCUCUAAACGAUCUCAAGAAAUAGAUUCGAGUACUCAAUUUCCGACUGCAUUGCACUCACGUGCCUAUGUAAAUAAAAUUUGAAAAAAAAAAAAUUGAGAAUUAAUUAUUGAUAUGCCAGGAAUUGGCAAACCUUCCACGGUCAACGUGAAUCAGUUCAAGAAUUACAUUGUGAGAAAAAUGUCACUUGCCAGGAUACUAGCAACUGUUAUAGUAUUUAACGUUAAAGUCGGUCUGGUCUUGAAUUCACUCGUGCAAAUUGUUAUUCCGACCUGCUGCUAUCGCCUGUAAUAUGUAAGCCUCCAAAGUUCCCCACUCAAAAACGUGGUAGACAAUGUAGACAAAAACAAUAACUAAAAUAGAAUUCUAUACAUAUACAUGUAGGUAUAUUGAAAAAUUGAACAAAAAUAUAUAUGUAUAUAUAUCGUAUAGACAUGAGUAAUAAAUAGAUACCCGUAUAGAAAUAGAUGUGUACAUAUAUAUUGCAUUGUAAUUAAGAGGAGAGAAUUAAUCAUUGGAAGUCGAAUUGGGCAGUUGCGGAAAUUUAUUUUCGUUCGUAAAGUCGUUUCGUAUAUAAAUGUUAUAUAGUAUUCGGGGCGUUACGUAAUAUUGAAUACAAUUACUUAUUAUACCUAGGAAAUACGAAUGUUUCUACUAUUCAUUUGACUUUCAAUGGAUUAAAUGAUAUACAUACAUACAUAUAUUACAUGUAUAGUACGUAAUGUGAAAAAGGCUAUACAGUACUGUAAAAAAGUACCACAAAUAAUAUAUUGUUUGUAUAUGGGAAAAAGAAUUCUAUUUAAACAAUACUUGUAAUAGAAUAAAAAUUGUUAAUCUAUAAUAACUUAAUUACAAUAUAUCUACUUAUUAUAUUUAUAGCCGAACGAACUGAAAACGAGAUGGUGGAACACCUCGCACGCCCUUGAUCGUCGAUACUUGAACUGAUGCCUGACCUAAAACUAUAAUUCAAGUAUCGAAGAUCCAUCGAGAGUUUACAAAAUAACGAUCGAUAAUUAUGUGGCAUAAUAAGUGCGUGCGAAGCGCGGCCAAGAACCCGCACAACAAAGCAAUAAUGUAUAGAGAGAAAAAUGAGAGCGAGGGAGAAAAAUAUAGAAAAGAGCGAAAACGAGAUAUCUGAGAGCGUGAGAGUGAGAGGGGAAAAUUUUUACUGAAAAGAGAUGACAAAGAAAAAAAAGAAAGGUUGAUUUAAGAUUUAAGUUUAUCUUGUACUAAAUCACGUACCUAACGUUAUAAGUUUAAGGCAAUUCCAUUCUACGUAUAACAAUGCCAGACGCGGAAAUCAUUAGAUUGUGUCUCCACUGCGGUAUAAGUGAUCGUGUAACGAAAUCGAAAUGGACCCGCAAUUCCAUAUUACUAUAGAUAUCGUCGAGUUUCAUAAAUAUCAGAUUUGAGAUUUAAAUUAAAUUCGCCUGUACCGGUAUUUGGGGAGACUUCAUUAUGCAAGUUAUUUAUUGCUCGGUUUUUGAAGUACGUACCUAUACCGUUAUAACUCACCACCACGUCGCGGCUAAGGGCAACCUAAUAGCUAUUUAAGCAUUAAGGCUUAUUUGUUCGUCCCACGAAGUCGCAAUAAAGUACGAUAAAGUUGGUUUCAAUAAAGCUAAGAGCCGCAGGGCCCAAUUUUGCUCCUUUCAAACGUUGAACUAUAGUUCAUUUCCGAAUGUUUACCAGUUUGCAGAUAGAUUCCUUACGUAUUUUUUAUUUCUCAACUCCUCAUUGUAGUGAGUAAAAAAUUUAUCAAACCUGGUUAUGAGAUUUUAUUUCGAAACUUGUAUAAUUUCAUGAAGCCGGGAUCCCUACCCCCGGUAUCUCUUAAAUCAGUUGAUACACAAGGGGCGCCGGAGACAAAUUAAAAAUGAGCGUUAAUUUCCCCCGCGCUGUUUGAACAUAUCAAGACCCGGCGUGACCGGGUCAGCCAAUAUUUUUAUUACCAUAUACUAUACUUGUUCGCCGGUUGAGAGAAUGUACCCGCGUACGUCCGUAUAACUGCAGGUCAAAAAGGUAACUCGGAAAGAGUUACGAGAAACGGGCCGUAGACAAGCGACGUAUUGCGACACGGCAACCGGCAAGGGUCAAAAAUCGAUCGUUUUCGGUACUCUACGGUGCCUCACGUAUACUUCCAUAUUGAAAUACAAAUAUAAAUAUGUACGUGUAUAUUAUACAUACAUAUAUUAUACACAUACAUGUAUUAUGUAAGAGGUUAUAUUGUACAUAAAAAAUACAUGUAUACCCUAAUGUACAUAGAUUAAGACACUUACCGAUCGAGGCUGCAAUUAAAUCCAUGGAAUUUGUUUUAUUGGCCGUCGGUCACUCUAUUUUAUCAGCACAUGGUACACUUGCCCAUAUGGUCAGAUCGAUUUCAUGAAAUCUACAUUGUCGACCGUCGCUUCGGCGAUUCGAUUAAUGAUAAAAUAAUAUACGCGGUGAACCGAAUAGAUUUUUUUUCUCCGUCACUCGGACCAAUUCUUCAUUCAAAUAUGAAGCAGGUAGGGUAAAAAAAAAUUACCUGAAUAAUGAAAGGGAAAAUGUACCAAUAUCCCAACCAAUGUAUACUCGACUCUAGCAAGUCCGCUGAUUGACUGUGAAUGCGUUAUCGUUCCUCUCGCCAUGUUUCACAUGCGGCAACACACACGUGCGCACGUUACCUCACCUGGAAUAAAUGCGAGAAACUGACAUACGCCACGGAUGUGUCGGUGCUGCGUACCAGGGUGAAAAUGUUAUACGACACCAUUUCCUCCCUCGAAUUGCGUUUGCGUGGUUCGUUCAAUACUUAAUAAGCGCUAUUCCGACCGGGCUAACACGAUACAACACACAACGUGCGCACGUGCAUGCGUGCAUGCGUGACAUAUCUAUAGCUAGUGGGUACUCAAAGUCGAGCGCAACGUAAAGUAAACUUUGCGCAAAUUAUGCAAACAAAUGAUUUUGGUACACGUGUACGCGAAACGCGACGACCGUAAACAACGAUAACGUUACACAAUGCAUACGUCAACGAAAUAAUCUAUGCCCAACUUUGAUGAAACAGAAACGGAAUACGUAUAUCGUGGCGUGUACUACAUAUUGCAAUAAUUGAACAUAUUAUAAAAAGUCUGUACGAAAAAAUUAAGAUAAAGAAAAGGGAAACGAAACCUGUUGUCUAGGAAUAAGCUGUCAUGUACAUUGUGCACUAUACAUUAGAUUGUAAGUAUUAUAAAUUGAAUACAAUGCGAAAGUUGUAGCGCGUUGUUUAAUAAAGAAAUAAUGUCUACGAACUA